GUAAAAUUGGCUGCUGAAAGGCGAAAGCAAUCUAUCUUAACGUCUUUCCACCUCAAGAUUACAUAAUGGAAAUGAAGAACACAGAAGAUUUUAAUUUUUCAACUCCGACUACCUUAAGAUGGAUAGUUGACAAAUUACUAAUCAUAGUAAUGCUGCCUUUUGGAAUUUUGUUUCUAAUUGUAUAUAUUGGAAUAUACUAUCAGAAAAAGUCAGAACUUCGCAGAAAGUUGUCACGUAAACAGAAACUGUUAGCCGAACGAAUGGAUAAUUUGAGACAAAACCUUUCGACACUGAACCCUGAAUUGUUAUCACUUACAGAUCUCAGUUUGGAAACACAACAACAACAAUUGAUUGAAGGCAAAUUUACGCCAGUUGAUUUAUUGCAUGCCUACCAAAUGAAAGCUUUGCGACUACAUGAUGCAGGAAAUUCAGGUAUAUGUGAAUUCUUAGAGGAAGCAGAACAACUGGCUGUUAAUCUAGUGAAUUCGAAUCGUCCAUCCAAAAACAAACAAACUUUAGUUGGAAUACCAAUCAGCCUAAAGGAACUGUGUCCAGCUAAAGGAUACGAUACGACAUUUGGUUUGAUCAAACGGUGUAAUCAACCUUCAAAUGAAGAUUGUUGUAUUUUAAAAGUACUUAAACACGAAGGAGCUAUACCAUUUGUUCUGACAGCAACUUCGCAAACAGCUUUAUCACUCAGCGGAAUAAAUCCUGUAUUUGGUGAUUUGUCCAACCCUUACUCUUCAAAUCAUGAAACAGGUGGCAGUUCAAGUGGUGAAGGAGUACUAUUGGCAUUGAAGGGUUCACCGAUAGGAAUUGGAACUGAUUUAGGUGGAAGUGUCAGGAUUCCUUCGGUAUUUUGUGGUCUUGCAGGGCUGAAACCAACCUCCGGUCGUUUGAGCAAUCAGGGUCUAGCCACGCUAGGUUAUAAGAAGUCUGUCUCUCUACGAGUCUGUGUGGGUCCAAUGGGUAAGCGAGUGGAUGAUUUGGCAAAACUUAUGCGCACACUUCUAACACCCAAAAUGUUCGAGCUGGAUCCUUCAGUACCACCUUUGGUUUUUAAUGAAAUAAUCUAUGAGGGCAGAGACAAAACAAAUUUGUGUAUAGGAUAUUAUGAAACUCUAGAUGAUCCAUUUAUUAUUGCUACUGUCCCAAGUAUUCGUAGAGCAAUACGUGAAUCAGUCAGUGUUUUGGAGCAAAAUGGUCACCGAGUAGUGCCUUUCAAUGUACCGAAACCAAAGUGGGCAAAUGAAUUGAGUAUGAAAGCGGUGAAUAUUGAUGGUAAAUAUUAUUUGCAAAGUGAACUGUUUGCGGAGCCAUUGAAUGAGCACACCAAAUUGCUUACUAUAGUUCCUCGUGCUCCACACUGUUUAAAAGUUUUAACAGAUAAUCUCAUGAAACUUGCUAUUGGUAAACCAGCAGCAGUUACUAAAUACUUGGAUGGAGCUAGAGGAGAGAAGGAGGUACUAAAUUUGAUUUCAGAUAUUGAGGAGUAUCAACGUGAGUUUCAGAGAGCUAUGGAAGAAGCUGGUGAUCUUGAUGCAAUCAUCUGUCCAGUGUUUCCAUUUCCAGCCUUCCCUAAGUCAGCUAAAUCCCUCUUCGUUACACCUGCUAUUGCUUACACAAUUUUGUAUAACAUGUUGGAUUAUCCUGCUGGAACAGUUUCAAUGGGUCGUGUAAAUAAAGAAGAUGUAAAACAGUCAAAAUCAUUGGCCGAAAACUACAAGAGAUCUGGAGACCGUUUUCACUGUGAGGUAUUCAAACAUCAAGAAUUAAGUGAAGGACUACCAAUCGGUGUGCAAAUUGUAGGUAAACCUUGGAAAGAAGAAGUUGUUCUACGCAUUAUGAAGGAGUUAGAAACACAUCGAAUACAACAGAGUGAAUGACUGAAAAUGUUUUUCAUUUAGUCCAUCUGAGAGUAUGAUUUGAAAAUUAUUUUUAUUCAUCGAAGCUCUUUGUAAGUAAGAUAACUAUUAUUACUUCAUUUUCUGAUCACUUCAAAUGAUGUGAAAAAACAAAACAGUAUUUUUGCUUGCUUUAAUAAUAUUAUUCAUCAAUUUCUUUAAUCAUUUUGUUCUGCAUUAUUAUAAAUAUGCAAUUCCAAAUACCCGAG